CAACCCCUGCAAAACAUUUAGUACGGACCAACUUCAAAAUGGCAUCCAAACCUCAUUACGAUGCAGACAUCAGUGACAUAACCACCCCGGAAGGUGAAGGUCGUAAGUACGCUUUGGGACCAAGAGCAUUCAACAUAGUCUGGGGAAAUGACACUCGCUAUUGGCGAAUUCCAGCCCAAUCAGGGUCUGAUCCAACAGAGCUGGUUCAAGUGUCUUGGCUAGAAGUAACAGGUUCAGUAUUAGUUGACAAGGGAAAGAAGUAUCAGAUAAGCUUCAAGCUGAGCAUGAAAUCGGAUGCCUUCGGGUGGGCCAACAGCCCUGUUUUUUUGAUGGCUAAGGUAGGCAAGAGAGGCAAGUACAUAUGGAAAAGGCUUUCGCAACUGGAGCAGUGUCCUAAGGAACCCAUCGAUGUUCCAGAUCCAAACAGUAAUAGCUUUCAAAUUGACGUUCCCGCAGAUGCCAUUGACCCAAGGCUCUACUUCGGACUGUACGAAGUCUGGAGUGGCAAAUGGAAGGGAGGUUUGCGAAUCCAUGGUGCAACUGUCAAGGAAAUUCAGGCUGCUGCGUCGCGAUGAUUGAACUCAUAGCUUCCUAGUUUAAUUAAGUUGUGUGUUACUCUGUCGUCUAUUCGAUUGUUUUUUUCCUUUUUACCGUGUUUGUGUCGCUUUACACUUACUGGGACUCCACCUUCAAAUCUGACAAAGAUGGUCUAUACGAUGUUUGUAAUAAAGGAAUAAAUAAAUAGCAAAUGUCGCUGCUCUCUGUCGUAUGACUCUGGUUUCUAUAAAUGAUCCUGGUUCUU